AUGACAAUCACGGUGUUGGUGUUCUACACCCGUCGCCCCGAAGUAACACCGGAGGACUUCCAGUCACACAUUGAACAAGUCCAUCUGCCCAUAUAUCAAGAAGUAUUCAGCGAAAACAAACCACUAUCGUUCACAAUACGCUACACUGAGCGGGUUAGCUCUGGAGCUGGAGAUCGAUUGGGAGCAGUAACCUCCAUGACGGGACGAGCUGAUCCUGAAGACCCUGUUGUCCUCAUUGGAGAACCAAAGGAGUUAGGAUGGGACGCGGUCAGCGAAAUGACAUUUCGAGACGAACUGCAUAUACAGCAAUGUCUUUCCGUUAUGAACGGAAGCGGCGGGGAGCGCAUCAAGGAAGACGAGGACAUGUUCGCUGUACUGGACAAAACUAAGGCGAUAAUCAUGACAGAAAAGUCUAUUUUGAUGUAG